ACGAGCGAGCAAGAUGUUGCUUAACUUUAAUCUUCUACGCUACACACUUGCUUGAUACUGGGUAAAUCGAUCCCAAAGCACUCUCCCACCAAAGUCAAAGUUCCAAAAUAUCUCUCUCCUUCAAGCACGCAAACAACCCUCCUCACAAAAUGGUCCGCCUAAACCUCACCUCACUCUCUACCCUCAAGAUCUCCCGGCAUCAAAUCCCAGCACAUGGCCUCAUCCCAAACACUUCCAUCCAAAAGCAACCCCUCCUAAUCUACCACUCCUGCCUCCCCACUUCCGCCACAGCCUCAACGAUCGAAGCCCACCUCAACGCCAUCAACGUAGUAACUCCCCAAUGGCGCUACACAAUGUACAGCACCACGCACUUCCAUUCCACCACCCACGAAGUGCUGUGCAUAUCUUCCGGCCGUGCUAAACUCUGUUUCGGAGGCGAAGAUAAUCCAGGAAGAUUCGAGCCUGUUGUAGAGAAAGGGGAUGUAAUCAUCGUACCCGCAGGAGUAGGGCAUCGUUUGCUGGAUGAUUUCAACAGUGGUUUUGAGAUGGUGGGUAGUUAUCCGAAGGGAAAGCAAUGGGAUAUGUGCUAUGGUAAGAAGGGAGAAGAGAGUAAAGUGAAGGGUAUUGGUGAGCUUGGUUGGUUUGAAAAAGAUCCAUUGUAUGGGGAUGAAGGCCCUGUGUUACAGAGUGACAGUUGAAAGAGAGAUGAGGUUGAGAGAAGACAUUAUUUCAUUAUGUCUUAGGUAUUCAUCGUAUGUACAAACCAUCUUAGCAUGUACAAGUGCCAAAGCCAGAACGCCAUGCUAUAUUCUUGUUUG